UCAGUUUCCCAGAUGUUGUUGGCUUACCUCCGGCUCUCAGCAAUCGCUGACAACAAGAUCAACUGUGGGCCCGCUCUCACAUGGAUGGAGGUUGACAAUAAGGGAAAUCAUCUGUUGGUUCAUGAAGAGUCAUCCAUUAAUGUGCCAGCUAUUGCUGCUGCCCACGUCAUCAAGCGUUACAUCGCCCAGGCCUCAGACGAACUGUCCUUUGAGGUUGGCGACAUUGUGUCAGUGAUUGACAUGCCCCCAAAAGAAGACACAUGGUGGAGGGGCAAGCAUGGCUUUCAGGUCGGCUUCUUUCCCAGCGAGUGUGUGGAACUCAUAAAUGAUAAAGUGCCGCAGUCCAUGACCAACACGGUACCAAAACCAGCCUCCCCCUGCUCUGGCCUGCAGCCUGCUUCUUGGAGUCUCUUCCCUCCCUACUUGGAGAUGGAGAGUGUAAUACAGGACAGUGCAUGGGUGGCCGACCCGCUAAACCACUACAGCCUAAGUUCAGUGUCUAAGAAGCACGGGAAGCUGAUCACCUUUUUGCGCUCCUUCAUGAAGUCCAGGCCCACCAAGCAGAAGCUGAAGCAGAGAGGCAUCCUCCGGGAGAGGGUGUUCGGCUGCGACCUGGGAGAACACCUCCUCAACUCCGGUCAUGAUGUGCCCCAGGUCCUCAAGAGCUGCACCGAGUUCAUCGAGAAACAUGGCGUGGUGGACGGCAUCUACCGCCUCUCUGGAAUCGCCUCAAAUAUUCAGAAAUUGCGGCAUGAGUUUGACUCUGAGCAGAUCCCCGACCUGACCAAAGAUGUUUACAUCCAGGACAUCCACUGUGUUGGCUCGCUGUGUAAGCUCUACUUCAGAGAGCUGCCCAACCCCCUGCUCACCUACCAGCUCUACGAGAAAUUCUCUGAGGCUGUAUCAGCAGCGACGGACGAAGAGCGACUCAUCAAAAUCCAUGAUGUCAUCCAGCAGCUUCCUCCUCCGCAUUACAGGACCCUGGAGUUCCUGAUGAGACACCUUUCUCGCCUGGCAGCGUUCAGCUACAUCACCAACAUGCACAGCAAGAACCUGGCCAUCGUCUGGGCGCCCAACCUACUGAGGUCAAAACAGAUUGAAUCCGCCUGCUUCAGCGGCACAGCGGCCUUCAUGGAAGUCCGAAUCCAGUCGGUGGUGGUGGAGUUCAUCCUCAACCAUGUGGAUGUUCUCUUCAGCAGUAAACUCAGCUCACUGAUACGAGAGGGAGCAGGUCACAACUCAUUGUCGCGGCCCAAAUCCCUGCUGGUUUCAUCACCCUCUACUAAACUGCUGACUCUGGAGGAGGCCCAGGCCAGGACCCAGGCUCAGAUCAACUCUCCGGUCACGGAAGACAGCAAGUACAUCGAGGUGGGCGAAGGUCCGGCUGCCCUGCAGGGCAAGUUCCACACUGUCAUCGAGUUUCCCACCGAGAGGAAGAGGCCUCCUAUUAAAUCCAAGAAGUCUCCUGUGGGCAGUUGGCGUUCUUUCUUCAACCUAGGCAAGUCUUCCUCCAUGUCCAAGCGCAAGCUGCACCGGAAUCCCAGUGAGCCCAAUGAACUAAAGGCCAUGGCCCUCGCUGGAGGCAGAGGAGACACAGCAACAUUACGAUCCGCCAAAAGUGAAGAAUCACUGAGCUCCCUGCACAAUGUUGAAGGAGAGUCCAAGGUGUACCGUCCUCGGCGGCCGCGCUCCAGCAGCGAUGCCCUGUCAGCCUCCUUUAAUGGCGACCUGCUGGACAGCCGGCAGCACUGCAACUCUUACGAUAACCUGGACGCCACAGAGGACAGCGACGGCGACGACGGACCCAUCUGUGUGCCUGCCCUCAUCUCACCUCCCCGCUCAGCAGGUGAAGAUGUGGACCUCAGCCCGCCAGACAUUGGCAUGGCCUCCUUGGACUUUGACCCCAUGUCUUUCCAGUGCAGUCUCCCCGACACCUCCUAUGCCUUCCCCGUAGAUGACUCACCAGCUGGGGCGGAGAGCUCCACGAUAAAGAGGAGCCCCAGCAACUUCUGUGGCAAGACCAACGGCUCUGACUUCAUCUCCGCCACCUUCCUGGGCAGCCUGUUGUCCACAGACUUCAGCCAGGCUGCUGGAGAGAAGGUGCAAAGCAAGAAACUGACCACUUCCUAUUCUUACACUGAUACCACACAGGCGGUGUCGCCUAUUAAAUGUGGGAAGACCGCUAGUUUGACAGCAUUUUCCACUUCAGAGCUUUUCCCUACAGAGAUGCCUGACAAGAAUACAGCGGGACAGGCUGUCUCUCCACAGCCAUUAUCUCCUCCUUCAGUAGCCAAGGAUUCUCCUCUGAUGGGCAGUGUGCUGCUGAGGGCAGCAGAGCCAUCGCUCAGUGAAGCUUUCCAAAUGGAGCUCCACUCUAAGCUGGCAGCCUUUGACAGUGUGGACAGUAGAGAGCUGAAGGGACAGGACGGUGUACAGCAGGCGCCCGCUGCAGCAGCCAAGAGCACCAAG